AUGCUUAAUCCGGGUAUCACACUGGUUGCCCUCCCACGAUCUUCAGUCCAUGUUUAUGGACCAUUUGAGGAGCUAACCCACUCUCUAAUGAAAUGUUUGAAAGUGGUCCGCCCGACUUCCACUGACUUGGUUGUGGUCCCUUGCCUUUCCCGGCAACUGCCAGCGGUGUUAUAUUACUUCCCAGAAGCAGAGCAUGUAAAGUCCGUCCCCGGUGUUGCGAAGGCACAUGCUGCUAUCCGAACAGUCUCUGUUCCUGGUUAUGAACUUGACUUGAAGUUUUCUCUUGCAUGUCAGAUUACCUCCGCGCUGAGAGCCUUGCCAUGUUGGCCUGCGGCUGCGGCACCGGAGAUGACUGCUUUAAUGAGAAUGAUUUUUCCAGAGGACUUAUGGUUAUUUGGAGAGAUCGCUGCUGUGACUGGGAGCCAGGAAGGCAAAAGUGAAGCUCGUCACCUGACAUGUAUUCUCCGGGAGAGUCUGGAGGCUAAAGCACAAAAGAACGAUGAGGCACUCAUUCUGGUCUCGGCAUUAAUAGAAAAGCCAAAUGGUAGUCAGAAAACGUGUGCGGAAAUCUUGUUUGACCUCAAAUUGACCGCUGAGAAAAAAGAAUGGUUCACGAGCUAUAUCAAAUGCCUUUUUCGGCUUGGAUUGGAUCCACUACUGCAUCAUGGCGUCGGAUGCGAGCUGCAUGCUCAGAAUACAGUCGCCCGCAUUUGUCGGCAGUCAAAGACGAUCAAAGGAUUUGCAGUUCGAGACUCAGCCGGAGUUAAAUUACACACACCGACGCUAGAAAAGCAGGGUUUUAGCGUAGAUGCUGCUGGGCUUGGCACGGAUGACCUUCACGAAGUGUGGAACAGGGUUCAUCAUGCACUUCUGCAGAACAACGUCGGUUACAUGCUAUAUGCCUUGGGUCUUGAAGGUGCAGAAGGCGGAUGGGAUAUUGUGAGAUUGGCAUUGUCCGAGAUCCUAGAGACAGACAAGAACCCAAUUGGAAAGGAGAUGUAUCGCUACUUUACCAAAGAGAUGAUGCCUUUCAAAAGUUUCUUGAACAUGAGAAUGAAAGCCUCAUUGAAAAAUUCAAUGGCCAUUAUUGAAAAAGAGAUACCUAGCGUUGUCGCCAAAGGUUCCCCAUGGUUACUUCAAAUCUCUUUGAGAGGUACGCAGGAUCCUCAAAACCCGGUUCUACCCCAACAAAUCCAUCCAAAAUUUCGUAUUUAUGAGAACGAGAAACUGCAAGAGAGAUUGGCAGACAAUGUUCGUCCGUAUGGUGCACUUCCUGGUGCAGCAAAAAGACUCAAUCCCCACCCAGCACUUCUGCCGUUGCAGUUUAUAAAAGAGCUAGAGAUCUUCAAUGAAGCCUUGGCCAUAGCUCUGAACAAUAUUAUCGAAAGAUGGUGGACAGACAAGGAAGCCAAUCUACCGAGUCGAACGCCAUUGGAUCCCCAUGUCGAGGGGCUCUUGCAGUGGGUAGAUAAGGCGACUGCAGAUGGAAUCAUGUCACCUUUCCAAGGCCACCAAGGCAAUCUACGACCAGAUAUUUUACUCCCAGUCACAGAUUGUGAAGUCCCGGAAUUUCGCGUUUGUGAAAUCAAUGGACGAUUUCCUAUCAGUUUUCUCCACUACGUCGCAACGGCCUACGAGGCACUAGCCGGUAGUAUAUGGAAUACUCCCUUGAUCGAACCAGCCACCAACUACAAAGUUCUCCAAGAAAGCCUGUUUGAUUUGUUCGACUCAGGAAGCCCUAUUCACUUUGUCAAGGAGAGUCAAGCUUUUCCAUCCGAUAGCCCUCUGUUUGGUUUUAUCGAAGAGCGAACCGGGAUGAGAGCGAGAAACGUCAGGCCAGGUGAUCUUCGUCUGGUACCUAGUACAACCAGCCAAACCGGGUUCAUGCUAUACUGUGUCUGGGGCGCAGAUCCCAUGAUCAAAAGUCCCCCUGAAUCCUUGCUAGAGGUAGAUGAUCAGUUGUUGGAGCCAGUAUACCAAGUCGGAUUACAGCUGUACUACAUCGAGCUCUUUUCUCUAUCCCCCGAGAUGGUGCGACACAUUGCCAUGUACUGCAGAAAUGACCCACGGAGUGUAUUCAUUGCCCAAGACAAACGUAUCCUAGGCAUUAUCCUCCAGGAACUACACAGUCUCGUGAAUACGCAGGUAUUGUCUCUUGCACAAGCGCAGACCCUGCGUGACCAUAUCACUUCUACGGUCAUCCCCGGGUCGACUGAUUUCAAAGGCCUUGUCCGUCAGAGCCAUAUCAACCCCACCUCAAAGACCAAUAUAUCAUGA